AUGGCGGCACAAAACAUACAGCCUAUGCCUGCUUUUGAACCAAGGAGUGACCCUACAAGUACAAGUGCCAGAUGGACACGAUGGCUGGAGAGAUUCAACACAUAUUUACUCGCAGCAGAUAUUAAAGACGAUGCGAGAAAGCGAGCUUUAUUAUUGUAUCAGGCGGGGCCCGAAGUACACGAAAUUUUCAAGACUCUAGAAGAAGGUGAAACCAAAGAUUUUAAGUCAGCAGUGAAAGCGUUGACGGAGUAUUUUGAACCAGAGAAAAACGUGAUAUAUCGCACCUAUGUUUUUAGACAAGCGACGCAAGGCAAAGAGGAAUGA